GUCUGACAUAAAACUCCAGACAGUGUUUACCAUGCCACAAAAAACACUCAAUUCUUUUAGCAUUAUAUAGUGCAAAUGUUGCCGUUGGAUUUUAUAUAAUGGAGGGUCUGCUCCCACAUACAUGGGCUAGCUAGCAAAACCAACUUGGAGACUACAUUAUUUGUUUCUUUCCCCUCAUUCAUAGUUCUGUGCCUUCUGCAUUUAAAGAUGCCAACUACUCAAACAGAAGAGCUCCUGUAAAGUAAAGAAAAUCUCCAGAGUCUUGUAAUUGCAGCAGGUUGCUUUUGCCUUAGAUGUAGCAGGAUUUUUUUUUCAUGGGGAAGACUGGGGGAAGCUCGUGGUUGACUGCUGUUAAAAGGGCUUUCAGGUCUCCUACUAAGGAGAAUGAGAAGAGAAGCAGUAGAAGGAGAGAAGAAAAUGAGCAGGAGGAAGAAGAAAAGAAGAGAGGGAAGAGAAGAUGGAUUUUCCGGAAGCCUUCGAAUCAGGAAACGAUUGUGGAACACUGCGAAGCAAGGACCAUAACCGCUACAGCUAACAUGAAAGCAAGAACUAGUUCUGUGACGACUGUGGCAACCGAUCCUGUUUUUGAGGCUGCUGAUGCUGAGCAAAGACAUGCCAUUGCAGUAGCCAUGGCAACCGCAGCUGCUGCUCAUGCGGCUGUAGCAACAGCCCAAGCAGCUGUAGAGGUUGUACGGCUCACCAGGCCUCCCAUCUUUGGGAGAGAACACUUUGCUGCUGUUGUCAUUCAGACUGCCUUCAGAGGCUAUCUGGCAAGGAGAGCUCUUCGGGCACUGAAAGGGCUGGUGAAGCUGCAGGCCCUGGUAAGAGGCCAUAACGUUCGAAAGCGAGCAAAUAUGACUCUCAGAUGCAUGCAGGCUCUGAUUCGAGUCCAAGCUCGUGUAUGUGAACAACGUAAGAAGAGGCUUUCAACAGAAGGAAGCGUAGGUUCCUCCAUUAAUAGUGAACCGAAUAGCUUGUGGGGAUCAUAUUUUGCUGAAAUCAAGUCCAUGCUUUCUUUGCAGUCUAGAGAUGAAAGUUGCGUUGCUGAUGAUUGGAUCCACUGGGAUGAGCACCCACAAACAAUAGAGGACAUUCAAGCCAUGUUACAAAGAGCAAAGGAAGCUGCCUUGAAAAGGGAAAAUGCCCUGGCCAAUGCCUUCUCUCACCAGAUGUGGAGAACUGGUAGGGACCCAAUUGCAUGUGAGGAAGAGGUAGAAGAGAUGCCUAAUUGGCUUGAAAGGAAGCAGUGGGAGAGCAAAGGCAGAGUUUCAUGUGAUCAAAGAGAACCCAUAAAAACAGUUGAGAUCGACACCUAUAGACCUUACUCCUACUCACAUAGAUCACAUAAUCAACAUCACUGCUACCAACCACACAGACCCAGUUCAUUCUCUGUGGCCUCUCCUGUCCAUAGAACUCAAAACAAUCUCACCCACCAUUCACCAAUCACACCAUCCCCGUACAGGACAAGGCAUCUCCAAGUGCAUUCUUCCAGUCCUCGAUGCUUAAAAGAAGAGAGGGACCACCCAGUGCCUUGCCUAGGCUCCCCAUACAACUAUGGAAUGGGAAUGAGUGGUGGUGCUGCUGCCACCGCAGCAUUGCCAAACUACAUGGCUGCCACUGCAUCUGCCAAGGCUCGGUUUCGGUCACAAAGUGCACCAAGGCAGAGGCCUUCAACCCCAGAAAGAGAAAAGACGGGGUCGGCAAAAAAACGCCUAUCAUUCCCAGCUCCUGACCAAUGUGUUGGUCUUGGCAAUGGUGGCACUUCUGAUUAUAACUCAAACAGCCCAAGCUACAAGAACAUUCAUGGAGGCCAUCUUGGAAUGGAGCAGAGGUCAAACAUGUCAUCUUGUUGCACAGAGAGCCUUGGCGAUGAAGUAUCUCCCCCUUUAACCAAUGACCUUAGGAGGUUCUUGAGGUGAGAAAAUUCUGUAAAUGAAACAGAUGGUCAUGGCAAAGUGAAUGCAUUGUCUACUUAAAAGUCAGAACCGGAGGUAGAUGAAGUAUAAAUGUGAGAGGAGCAUGUUGAAUGAGAAUGUAUGAUUGGAGACAUAAAAAUCACUGUCAUUAAUGGAGUUCAUCAGACAAUCUCAUUACUCUUUCUUAAAAGGAAAAUUGAAUUAUCCGUGUUGGCCUCCACGGCAUUAAACUAUCUUGUUUUGUAUUA